CAACUCGCUCGCCAGAGCCAACAACAGCCAGCUCAGCUGCAUGUUCUCCACGCGAUGCACGGAAAUUAGAAUACAAUUCAGAAAUGAUUCGCGUUUGAGACGGACGGGUAAUGUGGCACGGUUGUGUGGGCUAAAGUGUUGGACGUAAAGCAGAAUCAAAAAGCAAAAACCAGAAACAAAAAAACAAGAAAAGAAAAUACAAAGAAUUUUCCUGCAUUUUUUCACAGUGCGCUUGCCAACAAGGCAACGGGAAUUUGUGCAAAGUAAAAUAUAAAGAAAGUUUUUAAAUAAAAUUAAUUUCGAAAGCGGUUGAAAGUGUGUUCCGUGCUCUGUAGUGCUGAGGUCGUUGCUACUCUUGAGCCAUACGCAGACCCCCACUCUUCGCAGCCGUUUAGACGAGCAACGCGCAAAAACACGUCUACAGCUAAAAAUAGCAGGCCAAAAAAAUUCCUUGUUGUUAAAAAUAUUUCGCUCGACGUAGUCGCAGUCGAAACAAGUGAAGUGAGCUGUGAAUUGAGAUACUCGCACGAGAGUAAAUAAAUAGCGUACGCACUAUUCGCAUUGCAAUUGUGCACAGAAUACUACGAAACACAUACUCACAUACAUACAUAUAUACAUAACACCAUUGUGUAGCUAAAUCAAAGACAACAAAUUUCAUAAUUCCACGUCUGUCUUCGCCUUCGGUGGUGGUGGCUCUUGCAAGCAGGCGAACUAGCAAGCAAGGUGGCCAAAAAACCAAAGUGACGGUUGUGCAAUUUCGGCACAGAGGGGUGUAGUGGCAACCAUACGGCGGCACAUAAUUCCCAAAUUGAAUAUAUGAAAUGAAAAUUUAGUUGUUGUAAACUAAGAUCCGCAAAACAAAAAACAACAAAAUAGAAUCGUUUGGCUCACAAACACACACGGAAACCUUGUAAUUGCAGAUUUAUGUGCCACAUGCGAACAAACUUGCGCACAGACAAUAAUCGGCAAAGGGCGCACAUACCGACCCACAAGUACAUAGAGUACAUACAUACGUGUGCAUAAAUAGUGCGCUCGUAGAAGUGUCUGCGUGUUUCUUCAUAAAUCUCAACCCGUGUGUGUUUCAUGAAAUUUUAAUUUAGUGUGUAAUGAUUUGUGUGUGAUUUGUAGUGCCAUACAAAAAAAAAUAAAAAUAAAAGAAGGAAAUAGGCGAAGUCAACUAACGCAGACGCACAAAGUAGGCCCCUUUUGCAGUUCUCCUGCUGAGUGCAUGUCAGAAAAAAUCAUUUGCUGAACUAAGAGGAUGACAGCUGAAGUUAUGGCUACAGAUACAAAUUGGGAUCCCGCACUAUCGAAACUCAUAACAUCACUGAAGGAGGCGGAAAAUCUCUCCAAUGACCAGGAAAUCGACUUCCUUAAAGCCCUCCUCGAAUCAAAGGAGCUGAAUGCGCUUGUCAAUGUGCACACGAAAGUGGCCAAAGUGGGUCGAGACGAUCGACUGGCGCCAGUGCUCUCCACUUCCGGACAGAUACUGUACGAAGUGCUGGAGCAGCUGUCACAGCGUUGCCACCUGAACGAGGAAUGCAAAGAGGCCUUUCAUUUGUUGCAAGAACCGCAUUUACAAAGCCUUUUAUAUGCACACGAUGCCAUUGCGCAGAAGGACUUCUAUCCGCAUCUGCCGGAAGUACCCAUCGAAAUGGACGAGGAUGAGGAAACAAUUAAAAUCGUGCAGCUGGUGAAGAGCAACGAGCCGUUGUCAGGAGCACAAAGUGCGGAACCGAUUGUUGGUGCAACAAUAAAAACGGACGAGGAGACGGGAAAGAUAAUUAUAGCGCGCAUUAUGCACGGUGGCGCCGCCGAUCGCUCCGGACUGAUACAUGUGGGCGAUGAGGUGAUCGAGGUGAACGGCAUAAAUGUGGAGGGCAAAACGCCCGGAGAUGUGCUAAGUAUUUUGCAAAACUCUGAGGGCACAAUCACCUUCAAGUUGGUGCCAUCGGAUGGCAAAGGCGGUCAGCGUGAGUCCAAAGUGCGUGUACGCGCGCACUUCGACUACAAUCCCGAAACGGAUCCCUAUAUUCCAUGCAAAGAGGCAGGGCUGGCAUUUCAACGCGGCGAUAUUUUGCAUAUAGUGUCGCAGGACGAUGCCUAUUGGUGGCAGGCACGCAAGGAGUCGGAACGCACUGCCCGCGCUGGGCUGAUACCCAGUCGUGCGCUGCAAGAGCGGCGCAUCAUACACGAACGUUCGCAAAUGGAGACGAGCGAUGCCGAUUCAAAGAAGGGCUCUUGCGCUUCCAUAUGCACCACCCCGCCCGGCACACCCAUAUUGCAUUCCAGCAGUAGCACCUCCUCAUGUCGUCAGCCAAAAACUAAAAAAAUUAUGUACGAUUUGACAGAAAACGACGACUUUGAUCGUGAAAUGAUCGCCACCUACGAAGAGGUUGCCAAAUUAUAUCCACGUCCGGGCGUUUACCGUCCAGUUGUGUUGAUUGGCGCACCAGGCGUGGGACGCAAUGAGCUGAGGCGUCGCUUGGUAGCGCGCGAUCCCGAAAAGUUCCGCAGUCCAGUGCCAUACACCACACGUCCAAUACGCACCGGUGAAGUCGCCGGACGCGAAUACAUAUUUGUGGCACGCGACAAAAUGGAAGCCGAUAUCGCUGCUGGCAAAUUUAUUGAACAUGGCGAAUAUAAGGGUCAUCUAUAUGGCACUUCCGGCGAGAGCGUCAAGUCCAUUGUGAAUGCCGGUUGUGUUUGCGUGCUGAGUCCACACUAUCAAGCGAUUAAAGCGCUUCGCACGGUACAAACUAAACCGUUUAUAAUCCAUAUAAAACCACCAGAAUUCGAUAUUUUGAAGAAGUCACGCACGGAGUCCAGAGCCAAGUCUACUUUCGAUGAGAGCAAUGCUCGUGCUUUUACGGACGACGAAUUCAACGACAUGCUUAAAUCAGCCGAGCGCAUAGAUUUUCUGUAUGGCCACUUUUUCGAUGAAGUCAUCGUGAACGACGAGCUACUAACGGCUUUCGAGCAGCUGAUGAGUGUAGUGCAACGCCUGGAGAAUGAACCACUGUGGGCGCCUGCUGCGUGGGUGCAAUAAACUGGCUAAAUUCGCUGUGUAACGAGAUGGAACAACCAGAAAAAGACAAACACUGCUGAUGAAUAUGCUAAAAACAAAUGCCAAAAACCAAGAACACAAAUAUGAUAUACACACAUACAUAAAUGCAUACAAUACAUAAAAUACUUAAUUUUAAUGAUUAAAGAAAUUAAGCUGUUUAAUGAAUUUGACAUAAGAACACCAAAAUACAUGUAGAGAACAAAACAAAAACAUUUAUGAAAUGUUCAACAAUAUUUUGAAUUUUUUUAAGACUAGGCAAAGAUUUAUGAAACCAAAGUAAAGUGAAGUAAAGAUUUCCAGUGGGUUGACCCCCUCAAAGGAGCAAAUAUAAGUAGCUGAAGAAUGCAAUAAAUAAUGUAGUUGAAAUAUACAUACACACAAACACACAUUCAAACAAUAAUAAUGUAUAGUAUAUUCCAAACUGAAUUUGCUGAUGUACAAUAUUUUAAAAUAACAACAUCUCCAUGUCUGUACAUUAAUAAACAAAAUAAUAAUAAUUUCAGUGUUGCCAACUGCAACAAAAAUCAUGUGUAUGUAAAAUAAUUAAAUUAAUGAAUAAAACAUUGUUCAAACAUCCUACAAAAAAAUACUACCGAUUUUGAAGUUAUUCGCUGAAUUUUCGUCAAUGUAGUUAAUGAAAUUCUAAAUAUAAAAAUAUAUAAGUAACGAUAAUAAUUUCGAUUUGCAAAAAAAAAUAUAUACAAAUAAUAUAAUUAGUGUUACAAAUGCAUAUAAUAUAUUAAAAAUAUGAAAUUAUAAACGAAAAUAUUUUCCUUAAUUUGUUACGAUUCUAUUUCAGUUAAAAUUUUUGAAACUCACUUAGCGCAAAUAAAACAAUUUUUUUAUAUAAUAAAUGUCUCUAAUGACGUGUGUUGCUUGAUCUAAUAAUAUAUAAAAUUUCAUUUUAGCACAUUAUAAGUAAAAUUAGUCAAACAAUUUUCUAUCACUGCUGAAAUACAUACAUAUUAUUAGAAAUGAUUUUAAACUGCCUAAAAUGUUAAUAAAAUAAUUAUUUAGAAAAAACUGCAUAUACAUAUAUUUACUCCCGUUAUUUAUGUAUUAAUUUAGAAGAACUCCAUUAAAACAGAAUCAUUAGUUUGAUGUUAUGCUAUUCAUAUGUUGUGACAUUAUGUUAACCCUUAAAUGCACACGCGGUGCUAUUGACCUUCUUAAGAACGAUUAAUUAUAAUCCUUCCCUCAUAUUAUAAUAGGUAUGCUCAUGAUUUUUAAUAUAGACAAAAUUAUAAUUUUUACUUUACUUUCAGAGGAUUUCAAAUUUGUGAUGAGUUCUUGUAGGCGUGUUUCUUUGCCAAGAAAGGAAAUAUUUUCCUUUUCAAUAAAAAAAACGUUUAAAAGUUUGGUUCAGCUAAAAAUCCUUAGUAAUAUCUUAAAUGCUUAGAACCUUGGAACAGCGCCUUUUCGAAUAUUUUCCAAAAUAUUUGGUAUUAGAACCCUCAGCAGAUAGCAAUGAUCCAACGAUUGUAUUAGAACAGGCGGCAGGUGUAUCAGUUAAUUAAUUUGAGUUGUUUCAAAACAUCGAUCCACUUAUUCAAGACAUAAUAUAUUUAUGGAAUCAAAUCUGACGGCCGAAACUUCAUAGCGAAUUAAACUGAUCAGAUUACAAAAUUUAUCAUGAUCAUGUAUCUCGAACAAAAGUGCUGAAGACACCAAAGCAGCAAUUCUGUAUGUAAUAAAGGUUCACGCAAAAAUUCUUUGUUUAUUUAGAUUUCCAAAUCAUGAACUCUAAAGUGUAUCGUAUUUAUAUUUUUUCAGCUUCUUAAAGUCUUUAAAACCAGCAUACUUUUAUUUUCACUGCAAAAAAUUACACAAAAUUCUAUGAUUUCUCUAAGUUUCCCCCAAUUCAAUAAAAAUUGUACCUAUUAACAGAACUACAAGCGAUAACAAUGAACAGAAAACAAUAAUGAAAAUUGAAAAUAGAUUUUUCAAAAAUUUAAAAUAUAAUAUUAUAUUUUACCAAAAACCAUUUGAACAAAUGCAAUAAAAAAUAUUUUUAAACAAUAAGAAUGUAACUAUUUAUUUCAUAUGUAUAAUUAUAUAAAAAUUCAGAUUGUCCAAUGUGUAAUAAUAAAUAUAUAUAUUUACAAUGUAUAUAACGUGAAAUUAUAAAAAAAUAAUCCUUAUUAUUAUCUAUUGUAAUUAAAUUUAAAAAUACAUAUUCUUAUAUUAAAAUAUAAUGAAAUGUUAUCAAUAUGAAAAUGUUGAAAUAAAAAAUUUAUUAAACCAUUAAAAACAGAGCAGCAAAAUGUUAUGAAAUUGAAUAAAAAAAAUAUGGCAACAUUAUGUUUACUACUCAAACAUUAAUAAACACACAUAUAUAUACAUAUAUAACUGCGGCAAAAUGUUAAAAGAGCUUAAGUCGACUUUAGUUAAUUUGAAUAAUUUGUGUUAGACUGGCCAACUUUUGAAAAAUUCUACUAUGUGUUUCAUUUUAAACGAUGCCUCAGAAUCUGCGAAUUCAAAUUGAGAAGGAAAUAGCGUUCCUAGAACUCAAAAUGCCAAACAUAACUAAAAAUCGACUUAAGCUUUUAGAAAAUUUGCCACAAAUCU